UUCGAGAGACACAGGACGCGACAAUUCCCAAGGAGGUGUGAUAUUGCGAUUUAACACAAGGGCAGAUCAGAGACAUUGAAGGACUCAGAGUAAUAAGGCCUCACUUCAGCAUAACGCGACUUCGAUCUCAUCCGCAGUUCCUUCAUCAGCAAAACAACAAACUGCCAUCACGAUGCGGCCAUCUAUAGCAGCGGUUCUUUCCGUCCUUUCAACCCUUCAAUUCACAAAUGCGCAAACAGCUAAUGGAGUCAUCGUUCCUUUCUCAACACUUCCUGCUUGUGCGGCGCUGUGCGGACCACUAUUCGAUGUUCAAGGCAAAUGCUCCCCUCCGGCAAGUGCAACAGUCGACGACAGCUGUUUCUGUAGCGAUUCUCGACUUACACCUUUCACAACUGGUACAGCCGGAGUAAGUCAGGUCUGCGGUAGUGCAAGUUGUUCAGCAACUUCGGAUCUACAAGCCAUAGAGACGUGGUAUACAUCGUUCUGUGCUUCAAACAACGCAGUCACUGCUGCAACAACGACGGCUUCAAGUACCGGUUCAACUGCUACGAGCACAUCCACAUCCAAUACCAAUGGCUCGUCGAGCAGCAGCAGUAGUAGUGCCAACAAGUCUUGGCUCUCCACCCAUUAUAAAUGGGUUAUUAUGCUUGUUGUUAUGUUUGUCGUUAUUGUCGGGACCUGGGUUGCAGCUUGCCUCUUUCGACGCAGGUAUCUUCGCAGGAAGGAGAAAGAAAUCGAGAUGCUCCCACCUGUGGCUCUUGGGCCUCAUCAAUUACAAGCCAUGACUGGUGGCUACCGGUACGGAGACGGAGUGCUAGAUGCGAAUAGAGGAGGUCACGCUGGUGGACAUCAUAAAGAGAUGGCAGCGGCAGAGGCUACAGCAGCUAACGGUGCGAAACGGCAAAGCAGAGGCCUGACGAAGAAGAGAGACAGACUAUCGUGAGCCUAAUUUUUUUAUCUGUGUCCUAGCAUGGCGUUCAUUGGGGCUGGCGUCAACGAGGUUCAUGCAGAUAUGGGCUUUUUGGGAGAUUUCUGGUGUUAAUAGGCUGGUGGGUUAUGCGGUUUGAGUUGAAAUGCUCAGGAAUGAGUCGCAUCAGAAAUCUCAUAAAUAUUGUAAUGUUGUACAUUCAGCCCUAGCGCAGUAAGAAGUGUCAGA